CAAAAGAGAGACUCUACAGUGGUGGGUAAUUCACUGGUCCAUAAGCGGUCUCCUUUACGUCGAAGCCAUAAGAGCUCAGCAUCUCUGACCAAGCUGUCGUUACGUGAUGGACAGAAAGCCAAAAAGCCACUGUGUAAAUUUGAAGAAGGUCAGGAUGUCCUAGCUAGAUGGUCAGAUGGCUUGUUUUAUCUUGGAACUAUCAAAAAGAUAAACAAACUGAAACAGAACUGCUUCAUUAUAUUUGAAGACAGUUCCAAAUCCUGGGUUCUCUGGAAGGACAUACAAACAGGAGCCACUGAAAGUGGGGAAAUGGUCUGUACAAUAUGUCAGGAAGAGUAUUCAGAAGCACCGAAUGAAAUGGUUAUAUGUGAUAAAUGUGGGCAAGGUUAUCAUCAGCUGUGUCACACACCAAAUAUUGAUUCCAGUGUGAUUGAGUCAGAUGAUAAAUGGCUCUGUCGGCAGUGUGUCUUUGCAACAACAACAAAGAGGGGUGGUGCGCUUAAGAAAGGACCAAAUGCCAAAGCACUGCAAGUCAUGAAACAAACAUUACCAUAUAAUGCAACAGACCUUGAAUGGGAUGCAGGUCAUAAAACCAAUGUCCAGCAGUGUUACUGCUAUUGUGGAGGACCUGGAGACUGGUAUCUAAAGAUGUUGCAGUGCUGCAAAUGUAAGCAGUGGUUUCAUGAGGCUUGUGUGCAGUGCCUCCAAAAGCCAAUGCUUUUUGGUGACAGGUUUUAUACGUUCAUUUGCUCAGUUUGCAGUUCUGGACCAGAAUACCUCAAACGUUUACCCUUGAGAUGGGUAGAUAUAGCACAUCUAUGCCUUUACAACCUAAGUGUUAUUCAUAAGAAGAAAUACUUUGAUUCGGAGCUUGAACUCAUGGCCUACAUUAAUGAAAACUGGGAUAGAUUGCAUCCUGGUGAGCUGGCAGAUACACCAAAAUCUGAAAGAUAUGAGCAUGUACUGGAGGCAUUAAAUGAUUACAAGACCAUGUUUAUGUCUGGAAAAGAAAUAAAGAAAAAGAAGCAUUUGUUUGGCUUGAGAAUUCGUGUUCCUCCUGUGCCACCAAAUGCUGCUUUAAAGGCUGAGAAAGAACCAGAAGGAACUUCUCAUGAGUUCAAAAUUAAAGGCAGAAAAUCAUCUAAACCAAUCCCUGAUGUGAGGGAAUUAAGUAAUGGUAUAGAAAGAAAGGGGAAAAAAAAAUCAGUAGGUCGUCCACCUGGUCCCUAUACAAGAAAGAUGAUUCACAAAACUCCAGAGUCAUCUCCUCUGGAUAAUGAACCAGUUCCAGUGAUAGAGAACCCAGCCUUGGAAUUACCUUGCACUGUUGGGAAAUCUGAUGGAACUGCACAUUCAUCCAAUACCUCAGAUGUGGAAUCCACAGGUGCUGCCAGUAUGAAAGAAACUACCUCAUCUAGCAUUUCCAGACAUUAUAGUAGUUUAUCUGACUCGAGAAAAAGGACUCGUACAGGAAGAACUUGGCCUGCUGCAAUACCACAUUUGAGAAGAAGAGGUCGCUUUCCACGAAAAGCACUCCAGACUCAAAAUUCGGAAAUUGUAAAAGAUGAUGAGAGCAAGGAAGAUUACCAGUAUGAUGAACUCAAUACAGAGAUACUUAACAACUUAGCAGAUCAGGAGUUACAGCUCAAUCAUCUAAAGAACUCGAUUACUAGUUAUUUUGGUGCAGCGGGUAGAAUAGCUUGUGGGGAAAAAUACCGUGUUUUGGCUCGUCGGGUGACACUUGAUGGAAAGGUGCAGUAUCUUGUGGAGUGGGAAGGAGCAACUGCAUCCUGACUGUAGGACUGAACAUUAUGUUCACUGCACUGUCAUCUGUAAGUACAGUUCAUAAUGCAGAGCCACGAGAGAAACGUGUCUUUAAAUGUGUUUCUAAAAACAAAACAAAACCAGUUUAGCCUUAACAUGUAAUUGUUAUCAUUACAGCUCUUGUGAUAAAGACUUAUCUUUUUAAAUCUGAUCUGAAACUUAAAUUUUUUAAUCUGAACAUUGUUAGAUUGUUUUAGGUUGGGAUAUUUUGGGUUGCAAUUGCUUAAAAAUGUGCAUGGUGUUU